ACUCCUCACAUAUUUAAGUACUUUGAGUUUGACAGAAGCCCAGGCACCUCCACUCUAAGAGGAUCUUCGAUGUCAGGGUGGCACAACCCUUCUUUCCCCAGCACAGCGAGCAGAUCGGGCAGGUCACAAGCAGCCCAGCCAGUCCACACCAGCUUCUGUGUCCCCGUUCAUCUUAAAUAAGGACACCAUCUUCUUUUACUGUUCAAGAAAGAAGUGUCUCCGUCAUACACAGGGGGAAAAUGCUCUUUUGGGUGUUAGCCCUCCUGACCCUUUGUGGUUUUCUAUGGCAUUAUAAAGGACAGCUAAAGAUCACAGACAUCACUGAUAAGUACAUUUUCAUCACUGGGUGUGACACUGGCUUUGGAAACUUGGCAGCCAGAACUUUUGACAAAAAAGGAUUUCAUGUAAUUGCUGCCUGUCUGACUGAAUCAGGAUCAACAGCUUUAAAGGAAGAAACCUCAGAGAGACUUCAUACUGUGCUUCUGGAUGUAACUGACCCAGAAAGUGUCAAGAGGACUGCCCAGUGGGUGAAAAACCAAGCAGGGGAGAAAGGUCUCUGGGGUCUGAUCAACAAUGCUGGUGUUGUCGGUGUGCUGGCGCCCACUGACUGGCUGACAGUGGAGGACUACAGAGAACCUAUUGAAGUGAACCUGUUUGGACUCAUCAGUGUCACGUUAAAUAUGCUUCCCUUGGUCAAAAAAGCUCGAGGGAGGGUUAUCAACGUCUCCAGCAUUGGGGGUCGGCUUGCAUUCAGUGGAGGGGGCUACGCUCCAUCCAAAUAUGCAGUAGAAGCCUUCAAUGACAGCUUAAGGCGAGACAUGAAAGCUUUUGAUGUGCACGUCGCAUGCAUUGAACCAGGAUUGUUCAAAACAUAUCUGUCAGAUCCAGUAAAGUCCACCGAAAGAAAACGUACCAUUUGGAAGCAUCUGUCUCCAGACAUCAAACAACAAUACGGAGAAGACUAUAUCGAAAAAAGUCUAGACAAACUGAAAGGCUCUACAUCCCUUGUGAACAUGGACCUUUCCCUGGUGGUGGAAUGUAUGGACCACGCUCUCACAAGUCUCUUCCCUAAAACCCAUUAUGCUGCUGGAAAAGAUGCCAAAACUUUCUGGAUUCCUCUGUCUCACAUGCCAGCAGUUUUGCAAGACUUUUUAUUGUUGAAACAGAAAGUAGAGCUGGCUAAUCCUAAAGCAGUGUGACUAAGCUGACCACAGACGCCUGCCCCAGGCUAUGAGAUUGGUUGAUUCCAAGGACAUAUCUCCUUCUCCAUCUCAUUCUUUACCUAAUCCAACCUAGACUCAUUUAGAAGAUGCUUCUUUUGGUAAAAGAAGAGAUCCCACCCUCACUGAUGAUGUCCCAGGGUCCCUUCUCAAACUUUGUUUGAAAAGAUGGGCAGGUAUGACAGCUGUCCAACAUUUAGGCUUUGCCUGCUUGGUAUGAUGUAAGGAAAAUGGGAAGGCUUUCCCAUCCAAAAUGAUCUCCACCCCUUGCCUGCCCCAUGCUUCUAGUCCACAGCACUUAAAAGUAACUCCUGAAUGUUAAAUAUUUGUCCCUUAUCAAAACAUUGAGAGAUAAGUAGAAGACUUUCAUAAGUGGAUUAGGUGUGUUAUCUUGCUGAGAUAAGGAUUAGAACUCAGUUCUGUGAGCUUUGGUGGAGGCAAGAAAAGGAAGGGUAAUGAAGCAUUAUGGAACUGGUAUAAGCUAAGGGGCAACAGAAAAGUACUAGGUAAGACUACAAGUAGGAGGGAAGGAAAAGGAGAAAAGGAAUAGGAGGACUGAAAAAAAGAAACAAGUGUAAAAGUAGAGUUAGGGAGAUUCCAAGACAAGCCUGCCUAUCCUAGAGGGAACUACAGAGGAUGGACAGCUUCUUCAAGGCCACUGUGAACACUGAUGCCCAUACAGCUCUCUGUGGAAAGAUGGUAACAACAGAGGAACCAGUCAUUCCAAAAGAAGAAAAAUGUAGAACAUGUGUGUUUAUUCUGGUUUAUUGUAAAUACAACAAGACAUAGACUAUCUAAUAAAAUUACACCUGAGAUGGUUGGAAAUCCAACAUUUGAGGGGGUCUCUGAAGCCCCAUGAAAAUACAGAGCUAAAUUCAAAGACUCUCUUUCACCUACAGUGACAGUGAGAGCAGGUCUGCUCCUGGCUCAUAUUAUGGUUCUAAAUUGGGUUGACUCUGGACCCACCCCCCCACCCAAAAGAAACAUCUACCUAAACGGAUGCUUGCCCAAACCCCAGCACCCAGCCCAGUAUCACUCACAGAGGUUGGCUAAAUAUUUACAUGAAAAGCCCGAAUUGUCAAACUUUGACAUUUGCUACAGAUUAAUGUAGGGUGAAACAGCGGGAGAAAUUAUCUAGUGUGCAUAUUUGUGUGUACACGCACACACACACUGAACUUACUGCGAAGAAACUAAUGUCUGCUGCUUGAAACCAUGUCACUUAGAAGAUAUCAGUAAUUCAAUUCAUUUACACUCACCUUUCAGGAAACAUCUGCCUAUGAGGUAGUUUCCUCCUUUCACGUUUGCAACAUACUGAUGAUUUUGCAAAAUCAAAUUUCCAAUGGUGUCAGGUCCACCUGAACAUAUAUUUCAUUAUUUUGAGAGAAGAUACACUCAUCCUUUUUGCAUGAAAAUGAAGAAAAUCACAGCAAGAAUCAGAUAGAAAAAUUCUCGGGCAAAAUUAUCUCAACUAUCAUCACUACCUACUUAUGAACUCAUCUCCAUCUUGGUCCUAGCCCCAGAGACCAUCCACCUACAGAUUCCUGAUUUCUUCUGGUUGCAACUAACCACCUAUGGGUUAGGUGACUGUCACUCAGCUUAUCCUUGGAGCUGAAGUUCAUCUGCAUUGUUUGCUGGGGCUCCUCCUUCUCACCUUGAACUCCUAGAUCUUGGCUUCAUUUCAUUGCUUUAAAAACAUCUAGCCUGCUGCUUCCUGACCUUCUGGGCCUCCAGGGCUUUAGAAUCUGCAGGAACCUCAUUUGCUGAACUUUCCACCAUGUCAUUGGGCUUGCCUAAUGGUGUUAUUUCCUUUAUUUCACCUUGGCCUGAGUUCUUUACUCAUUUCUCCAAGUAGCUACAAUUGGUAACUCCCUGUUUCACCUAACCAAAAAAAUGCUGUACUUAAAUGAAUGCUCUCAAAUAUGAUAUCACCUUAAAAUGAAACCAAAUAUAUUCAUCCAAGCAACUUUUAAAGUUUUUCAACUAAAUGAG